AUGCAGCUCGAAAUUUGGAUUCUACUUGUUUUUGGUUCGAUAGAUACCUAUGCUCUCAACUGCUAUCAAUGUAACGGUUGGCAUGGCGACUAUCCAUUACGAUAUUCGACGUCUGCUACUUGUGACAACCGAAACAAUCAGUGUCAGACCACUCAGUAUUGCGUCAAAAUAAUCGAUCCAAUGGCACCUGGUGUCAAUUACGUGACCUACAAGUCCGACUGCUUCUACCAAACCCAGAUUCAAGUCAACCCGACUAACUUGAGUUACAUUCAAGGCAAAACCUGCUUCCCAUAUCAGGAUGGAUCGGCGCCAGUUAAACGAUGGUACUACUGUUUUUGCAACGAUCGGGAUUACUGUAACUCAGCGAUUGCUUUUGGAUGGGUUCCCUCUAUUGUUUUACCAUUGGUCUAUACGUUUUUGAGCCGAUAA